CCCCCCAUCCCCCCACUUCGGUGAAGACGACGGACAAAAGAAGCCUCUUGUCUGUGUGUGUGUGAGGAUAACAAAAAAAACAGCCGCACCUUCAAAAAAAACAAUUUUUCACGUAGUUUUGAUCAACCUUGGGACACCUGAUCUCUUUGUGUUCGCUCUUUUAAAACGAUUUUUUUCCAAAAAAAAAUCAAAGAGAAACUUCUUACGAAAGAAGGAGACAGAUCAGCAAAAAAAAACCGAGAAUAUAUACUUUACCCAUAUAAGCUCCUUUUUUAAAUGAAAAUUUACAAAAAAUAAUAAGUCAUGAGAGUCUCUCUAACAAAAAAUUUGUCAACAUUGUGUUGUGUUUGCACAUAAAAAAAACGAGUCGCUGUCAAGGAGAUUUUUAAUAUCUCCCAGACCCAUGGACGUUUUGAGCAGGCAGCUGGAGAUCUGCAUUCAACUGAUUCUGGUAGCUGAUGCUGAAUUGCAGGCGAUCACUGUUUUGACUCUUCCCGUGUCCUUGCUAUCUGUUACUGUACCUGUUUUUGUGGGACAAGAGAGGAGUCGACAAGAUCUGCAUUGUUGUCUGCAGGAAUCCAGCUCAACUGCACAACCUGAAAAUGCUGCUGAGGUAAUUGAUACAAUUCCAACCCCUUUGAUACGAUGGGUUCAGGGCCUGUAGAUCCAAAAGAGCUUCUGAUAGGGUUGGACUGCCUACUUGGUAAAGAUGGGGAAAUUAAAAGUGGUGAUGGUGUCAUUAGAAUAUACAGGUUAAUGAAAGAUGCAAAAAAAUUAGUGAGCAGAUGCAUGUACUUGAACAUUUUGCUGCAGACCAGAUCGGAGGAUAUCUUGAACCAGUUCAUUAAUGUUGGUGGUUACAAGCUGCUGAAUAACUGGCUGGCUUAUUCCAAAUCUACUAGCAAUGUACCAUUAUUACAACAGAUUCUGCUGGCAUUGCAACUGCUGCCACUCACUGUGGACCAUCUAAAACAAAAUAACACAGCCAAGAUAGUGAAACAGUUGAGCAAGAGCUUUGAUGAUGAAGAGCUCAGGAAGUUAGCACAAGUUCUGGUCAACCAUUGGAUGACUGUAAUUCGAUCUCAGAGCACAGGUCCUGGCGCACAAGAUAAACAGCCAGAGAGGAAGAGGCGGAAAGAUGAAAAGAAAGAUGAAAGCAAGAUUCGAGCACCAGUUUCUGAGCGAGUCCCAGAUCCCAAAUCAGACCUCCGAGUGGAGACGAAGGAAGAGGAAUCAUUGGAGAAGAAACGCGAGAAGCCCAAGUCGUUACGGACAACUGCACCCAGUCACGCCAAGUUCAGAUCGACAGGCCUGGAGAUGGAGGUUCCCGUUCUACCAAAGAAGAGUUCUUCUGGCCCGCUAAUUUCCGACAAGUACAACAUCAAGCCAGCACCUCUGAAGAGACCAAGCUCAUCUCUGACAAGUGGCUCUGCACCACACAUGGAGAAGAAAUACAAACCGCUCAAUGUGACACCCAACACUACUAAGGAAAUUAAAGUUAAAAUAAUUCCUCCCCAACCUAUUGAAAGUACUGGUUUUCUAGAGGCACUCAACUCUGCGCCAGUACAUGGAUUAAAAAUCAAGAAGAAGAAGAAGAUCACUUCCCCAACUAGCGUCAAGUCCAAUCCUUUUGAUCAAAAAUCCAGUCCUGAACAGAUCAGCACCAAGCCUGCUUCUCCGGAAGUUGCUAUCGCUGAGCCCAUGGAAGUGGAGAGACCUAGUACACCGGUGCCACUGGAAGAGGUGUCUGAGCCUGUGGAAAUGGCUGUUGAAGAGGAUAUGACAGUGACUGCAGCUGCGACAGUGGCUGAACCUUCUCCACCAGAAGCAGUGCCAGAAGCAGCCAAGCUGACAAGAAAGGGAAAGAAAAGGAAGACUGUGUCAUGGCGUGAAGAAUCCAAGCUACGAGAGUAUUUCUACUUUGAACUGGAUGAAACUGAGAGAGUUAAUGUGAACAAGAUUAAAGACUUCGGUGAAGCUGCCAAGCGAGAAAUGAUGAUGGAUCGGCAGGCAUUUGAGACUGCUCGCAGGUUGAGCCAUGAUACAAUGGAGGAGAAGAUCCCUUGGACAUGCCCUGUUUUAAUCGAUUUGGGUCCGCAGUUAGCAGAGAGGGGCAGUAGCAGUCAGGAGAAGUACAUUCAGGAAGAGCGAGAGAAAGGGAUUCUGCAGGAAAUCUUCCUGUCCAAAGACUGUGUUCCAGAGAGUCCUCAUGAGCCUGAUGCUGAAUCUUAUGAAACUAUUCCACCCAAGAUCAUUCCUUUGGAUGAUGAGAAUGGCAUAGAGGACACCACGUAUGAGGAACCAACGAAAACAGUUGCGGCUUCUCAGUCUCCUGAUGGUUCAGGAAGCUCCAAGCUGCCUCCAGUGCUGGCCAACUUGAUGGGCAGUAUGGGCAUAGUGAAGAAUCAGCAAUCUGGAUCAAAUGCCAAUACUGGCAUUAAUGUCCAGGAGUUACUCACCUCCCUUAUGAGCAAUCAAAAGCCCAUUGAAGAGUUAGUCAAACAGCCAGAAUUCUCUGAUAAAAUCAAACAGUUGCUGGGACCAUUGCAGAACCAAGCCCCACCAGGUCAGCGAAUGGCUGCCCCACCACCACCAGUGAAUGGCUAUCCUCCCAGCCAGAAUAACAUGCCUCACUUCCAUCCUAGUGGCCCUGCAGGACCAGGGGGACCUUUCCCAGCUCCCCAUGGCCCUGGUGGCCCAAGAAUGAUGGGCCCACCUCAUCAUCAACGAGAUGGCUACUGGGACCAGCCAAAUGACAACAUGAGGGGCAACCCACAUGGCAUGCGUGGAGGUCCCUACCAGCGAGGUCGGGGACGUAGUGGUGACCAGAAUUUCCGAGGUCGCAGUGGACGGGGCCACCCCCAUGGAGGAGGAAGGGGAGGACAUGGCAACCACGGGGGAGGAAUGGGUGGCAACCAUGGUGGAGACAUGUCAAACAGACCCAUGUGUCGGCAUUUCAUGAUGAAAGGCAGUUGCCGUUAUGAGAGCAACUGUGCCUUCUACCACCCUGGGGUGAAUGGGCCCCCGUUGCCGUGAAAUUCAACACGAUCCGGUUUUAAGAAGUAACAGAAGAAAAUUAGCAUCGGCUGAAGAGUGCGAAAAUAUGGUCUGGCUGGGUCAGACACUAGUUCCUGUGGAGACUCCUGACAUCCCAGAGUGAGCAGGCCUCCCUCUAUCCUGUGGAAAGUUUGAACAGUUUUCACUGCUGUAUUACAGACGAACAGGGCCCUGCCUGGGUCUCCCAUCACGGUCUAUGUAGGCUUCUAAAUAAUGGAACUGAAAGGACAUAAGGCUUGGGGUUUAGACCACUACAUUAUUGUUGCUGUUGCUCAGAUACUGGAUCCAACUCCCAGUUUGUUCCUGUCCUUUUUCUCCCUAACCCCUGAACCCUUUUUUUGUGUUUGCCUCUGUGAGGCUUAUUAAGGCAGCCUGAGAUGUAGAUGAACUUUGAAGAGGAGAAAAAGAACUGCUUAUUCUCAACAAGGUUACAUGUUGUUCUUCUGCCAGGAUGAAAAAUAAACAAGACUGCCCUCUUCCCAUUUAGUCAUUGUGACACGUGAUGAAGGGCAGAGGGUGGGUUGGGGUGAUGAGCAGCUUGUGGGUGGCCUGCUGAAGAAUUGGGAAAUGCCUUCCCACCCUCUUUUAGUCUGCUGGUCUGUUGUAUUGGAAAUGAACAGCGCAGAGAGGACAUCCACAUAUCCAAAUAGGUAAACUACUGAACACUUCUACCUCUGCAUUUUUAAAAUAAAAAAGCGGUCAGCUAUUUCAAUACUGCAUUCAACACCCAGCUGAAUCCUCUGUCCUUGUAUCAUGUCACCACUCCUUUUCCAAUGAAGGAGAAAGUAUACUGAAAUUGGAGCUUACUUUCAACCAGUGUUUUCCAGAGAUCUGUUGUGAAAAUUCCCUGAUUCAUUUCCCUCUUGGCUCCUAGCUUCCUGUUUCCUUUUUAUAUCUCCCCUACAAAUCAACUUUCCAUAGCAGAAGCACUGACCACAUUUCAGUUGCCCUUUCAGUGUGCAGUAACUGAAUUUUUCUCAAACUAUUUUUGUAAAUAUCUAUUUUGUAAUAAAUGCUCUGCAUUUAGCUGAUGGGAUUGGGGUGGGGGAAAUCAGUGUUGUACUUAUAGUGGGUAAUGCCUCUGACUCUUCCCUUGGUCAAGCAUGUAGUUUGCGUCAAUCCCAAGUAACUGCUUGCAGUGUUCUUCCCACUUGCCCCUCCCUUACUUAAAGUAGUUAAUCAAACCCAGGAUGUAUUUCCCAUUCAAACUGUAUCAAUUGCAUGCCACCAAGUAUGGCAGAAUACAUUCACCAGAGUACAGUGGACAUUUUUCCUUACAUUGUCCAAUUUGAAGUUCUUGACUGUGGUUAUGGUAUAAAUCUUUUAGCAUUUCUUAAGGAAAUGAUGAUCUGGGCAUAUUACUGGAAACUUUGUAUAGGGAGCUGACCAUUCAGAAACCAGUUUCAUGCCCGUUGGCACAACUGUCCUGUACGCCUUUAGAGUAUUAAGGAAACCCAACUUAAUCAUAACUGCCUGAACUACAAGGGGUUUCAGAGUUUAAGCUGAAUUUUCAAGGACACUGUAGGGUGAUUAAGUAGGUAAGAGCCUAGUACAAAUUGUCAGUUGCUUAACACUGAAGUAAAGCAUUGUGAUUUAUAAUUAAGACAACCUUCAAUUGCGUAACUUCGGUUCAGUCUUUGCUGUUCCCCUUUUUCUGAUUUUUUUUUGGCACUUAUAAGAAAAAUAUUGAAGGGUUAAUUACUUUUUUUUUGUAUACUUGAGAGCUACAAAGGAAACAUCCGUAUCAGUAUCCAGUUGCUUGCUAAUGGAUGUGAAAAUUAUUGAUAUCUAGCUUAGUGCUCAGUUUCAUUCCAAGCCUGAACCUCUAGUUUAGCGGUGAUAGGAAGGGAGGAGCUACUUUCCUGGCCCACUGAACAUACUUGUGUUCCUGUGAAGAUUAUUUUCUUAAAUAUUUUGAGUGAGGAACUGUACAGCCAUUUUUUUUAUUAAUUAGGGCCCACAGCACUUUGUCUGAUUUAAUUUUUUUCUGGCUUUAACAGAUGUUUGUGAAUUGAAGCCCUGGCCUGAAAUAAAAGUUAUAUUACUUGCUUCAAGUAAAAUCAAGGAAAAUCCAGACCAUUUAAGUAAUUCACAACUGUCAUUUGCCACAGUUAGAAGUAGCAUUUUUAAUGAAGGUUCGAAGGCAGGACCUAAAUUGACACCGUUAUUAAAAUAUGAUGCAGCUGUUAGGAGGGAGCAAGUGGUUGGUAAAUGUGAAACGUUACUUGGAAAUCAGUAUUGUUGAGGAUUAACCAUUCCGAUCUUCCCUCGGAGUGGGAAGUUAUUAACAUUGUAAGAAAGCAUUGGAUCAGCUGAGCUUCCCCUCCCCUGACCCCCAUCUAAAUUCUACAUUGCACUAACAGUACUGUUGUACAUAAACAAAACAAGGACAAUUUAAUGAUCUCUGGAACAGGGCAGUUACUUUAUAUUUUCUUUGAGAUACUUUAAUUUUACAGAUGUAUAUGUUCAUUUUGUCAAGUUUGUUCCUUUUAUAUAUAUAUAUAUUAAAAAAACCCCAUCAGAAUUGAUGUGGUGAUAAUGGCUGCUACUGAUCAUUUUACAGCUCAACUUUUUUUUGAACAAUGGAUAUUGUACAGUUAUGUUCCUGUGCUUAUUAAGAAAAGAAUAAGUAACUGGGACUUUUUUUUUAAACAAACCAAUAAAGUAUUUUGAAAAUAGCCUGUGCCUGUGCAUGUGUGCACCUAUGAAGGUCUGUGUAUUCAGGGAUCUUUGCUUCCUACAAGCAUACACAACUAACGUGAUUUUUACUUUCUGUGAAAACUAUUGCUUAUCUCUCAUUUUUAGAGAUUUAUUGUUGGGAUAAUCUUUCCCUGUAAAUUUGUCCUUUUUUGUAUGAUAUUCCUUUUUCUAUUUUGAUAAUAAAACAUUGCUAAAACA